UUUUAAAUUAUCCCUCUUAAAUGGGCUUCUAUUGGGCUUUUCUGGCCUCGGCCCACUCUUCUAUUAGCCUAUAAAUACCCCAUUCCCUCCUUCUCCACUCUUUUUUCCCGCCAUUUUUUCUCUCUUACAGAGAAAAGAAAAUCAACAGACUUUAUUCUCAACAAACUUUCUUCGAAUCAAAGUUCGAUUUCAAUGGGAAGAGAUAAUUUUGCGGAGAAAGCUCUGAUUUUUCUGCGGAGCAGGCUUUGUGAUCCUUCUUUUAUCUUCAGUUCUUUCUCCAACUCUCCCGAUUCAAAUUACAGUAAAUUGAAAUUCAUAGUGUCGAGUUCGGUCAUCGAGGGUUGUAAUAACUCUAUUCUGCUUCUUGGUCCUCGUGGUUCUGGAAAAGUUGCAGUGUUGGAGCUUGUUAUCAGGGAUUUGUUGCUAGAAUAUCCAGAUAUGAUUACAGUGAUUAAGCUAAGUGGACUCUUGCACAAUGAUGAUAUUUGCGCAUUCAAGGAAAUAGCUAGACAAUUAUGUGUCGAGAAUCAGCUAUUGUUUUCAAAAAUGGCAUCGUUUGAUGAUAAUUCCCAGUUCAUGUUAGCCAUGCUUCGAGAGUGUGGAUUAGCUCACAAAACAAUUAUUUUCAUAUUGGAUGAAUUCGAUCUGUUUGCUCAGGGAAAACAGAGAUUACUUUAUAGUUUGCUGGAUGCAAUGCAGUCAGUAUCAUCACAGGCUGUUGUUAUCGGUAUCAGUUGCCGGCUGGAUGCGGAUCAGCUUUUGGAAAAGAGAGUAAGAUCUCGCUUUUCACAUAGAAAAUUAUUAUUCCUUCCUUCUAUUAAUGAGGAAUGGCAUAGAUUAUUGGAGCAUAUUUUGUUAUUGCCAACAGAGUCAACCCUCCCCCCAAACUAUGUUACCGAAUUCAACGAGAAGAUACAAAAUAUUUUAGCAGAUGUAAAAUUCAAAGAGAUUAUCACUACAUGUACGAAUAUUGAUUCCACCGUCAAUGCCUUGUUGAAAUUUCUAUUUCGUGCUGUUUCCAAUAUGGAUUUGGGAACUGGAUUCUUAUCUCUGGAGAAUUUCAAAACCGCAUUAUCAACUAUGCAAAGGCAGCCAAAGCUAGAAUGCAUAAAAGAUUGUUCUAUAUUGGAACUAUAUAUUCUGGUAUGCAUGAGGAGGAUGGAAAUUAAAGAACAAAACUCAUACAACUUCAAUUCCAUAAUGAAAGAGUACAAAAGCGUGCACGAUUCAUGCCAGACUUCAGAUUAUUAUGCACAAAACGUUUGCUUAAGGGCAUUCGAGCACCUUUUACGACGUGAAUUAAUUAGUUUUGCAGACAACCGAGGAAACAAUCAGUCCAUUGAAUUUCGUCCAGUAAAGCUUUUAGUCUCUUCCCACGAACUACAUCAGGCACUGACAUCAACUCGUUCCAGUCCCGUAAGUUUCUCUCCUUCUCUCGUUCCUUAUCUGAAUAUCUUCAUUAUGGUUUCAAAUAGAGUGCAUGAAGUUUAUUUCAGUUGAAGUUAGUUUAGUUGUCAGGAUUAGAAUAGGCCAAUAUUAUAUGUUAAUAAAGAGUUCAUAAUAUGUUUUUAAUCGAUUCAAUCUCUAAUAGUUAUAUUUAAUCUCUUUAACAAGUUUAGUAACAAGCAUAAUAGAGAGAAGAACCUAUGAUUAGUUAUUCGGAAAAUGUCUAAACAAACAAUUUUAAUGGAAGUUUUUUAUUUUGAAUGUACACAAAUGAUAAUAAUUAAACAGUAUGAUAUUUAAUCAAGUUAUUAAAGUAAUUUUUGAAGCCUUAAAUGGGGUUUGAAUCGAUUACA